CUAAGAUUAAUUUGCGUUACAAAAUAAUUGAGAAUAUACAUACAUACGAAAUAAUCUAACAAAUGAUGCCGCUAAGUUUGUUUAAAAUCUGCGCUUUGUUGCUUGUUUUAGUAGCAAGUUUGCAACAAAUAACUGCUCGACGAACCGUAUGUGGCCCCGCUUUGGAUGCGGUACUCAGCACACUUUGUGUGCAUGGAUUCAAUACGAAAUUUAAAAAAUCUCUAGAGUGGGAUGAACAUGGCGCCAAUGAGCUGAUAGAGGAGUUGCCAUUUCCCUAUGCGAAUUCACCUUUCUUAGGAAAGAUUCAUGGCGGCCAAGUUGACACGCUAGCCAAGACACGUCGUCGCCGUCAAGGAGUGUACGAUGAAUGUUGCAACAAAGGAUGCACCUACAUCGAGAUUUUAUCCUAUUGCAAUCAGUAUGAAAAUCUAAGAGGCGAUGAUUGGUAAAGUUCUCGUAGCUCGGUAA